CAAGGGUAGACAUGGAAGGACCCUGUUGCUGAUUUGUUUAUGAUGGAAAGUUCUCUUGGCUAAUCAACAAACAGGAGUGAUAGAAAUUGAUUAUUGAAAUUAGACUAGUCUUUCUUGACUUGUGCUCUCUCUUCAUAAAUGUAACCAAUCUUCUCCCUGAGUGUUCAGAAAACCAAGUCUGUCAAAGAAAGUUAGGAACCACAUUCAUCAGGCCUCUCUGUUUUGACUCUCAACUUGUUGGUUUCUCAGAAGAAAAGGGAGAGAGAAAGAUGGGAAGGGCUCCUUGCUGUGACAAGGCCAAUGUGAAGAGAGGGCCUUGGUCGCCUGAAGAAGACGCAAAGCUGAAGGAGUACAUGGCGAAACACGGGACAGGAGGGAAUUGGAUUGCUCUUCCACAAAAGGCUGGUCUUAAAAGAUGUGGGAAAAGCUGCAGAUUAAGAUGGCUAAACUAUCUCAGACCCAACAUUAAACAUGGGGAGUUCUCUGAUGAUGAAGAUAGGAUAAUCUGCAGCCUAUAUGCCAACAUUGGAAGCAGGUGGUCAAUAAUAGCAGCUCAGUUGCCAGGCAGGACGGAUAACGAUAUAAAAAACUACUGGAACACCAAGCUCAAGAAGAAACUAAUGGGUUCGAUUAAUCCUGAUGCUCUGAGAAAACCUCAGCAAGCUGCUCAUUUCUCAUCUCUCCUUCACGCUACAUCAUUGCCGUCUUCACCAUCCACUCCCCUGUCACCAUCACCUUCAUUCACAUGCAGCAACAACAGUUAUAAUUACACCCUAGCUAGGUCUUUCACUGAACCAAUUUCGUUUUCAUCAAGUCCUUUGAGCAAUAACUCUUUCACUACUGCUUCUAUGCUACAACCCCAAGAAACCUUUGUGGGAUCUAUGCAAAAUUAUCAAGUUAAAGAUAAUCUCAUAAUGUUUGGAGGUGAAGCUAGCUGCAGUUCUUCUGACGGAAGUUGCAGCAAUCAGAUGAGCCAUGUCAAAGAGGAGUAUGAACAUGGUGAUGGUGCAAAUAACAACACUGGACAGGUGGGCUUGCAAAAUUAUCUACACAAUCGGGUUGAAGACGACCAAAAGUUGAUGGUUUCAAGUGGGUUUGCUGGUCAUGAUGUACUUAAUGGGUGGACUGGGAAGCAAAUCGGGUUAUGGGAAGAGAAUCCAUUAGACUAUGGUCUAGAGGAGAUAAAACAACUUAUUAGCACUAGCAGUUGUAAUAACUUUUUGUUUGAUGAAAACAAGACAGCGGAAAAGGCCAUGUACUACUGAUGCUGACCGUGAGUGAAAACCACAAGAUUUGAAGGCAAGUAAGGAAUGGAUUCAAAGAUUCAGAUUUCAGGCUCAUCAGUUUGUGGGGGGCUUUUUUUUUUUUUUUUGGAAAACCUUUUUGACAGUACAUGCUAAAAAGUUUCCUUUGUGCAUUUCUUUUUUGGAAAUGAUGUUAUCUAUGUUAGUACAGUUAACGGCAACAUUCAGCAAUAAAUGUUAUGGAAACUAUAGAAGCCAUGAAUAUCAUCUUUCAAGGAUAAAAGUUGAAGAUCA